GUCACCUGUGGCUGUUCCGGGAUGCGUGGACGAACGAUGGACUCCUCGUCAACCGUCAGGAGCUGUUUGUAGCGGCUCCCAACGUGAGUACAGCAGACAUCACGCUGCCAGUGUUCACCCUGAAAGAGAGAUGUCUCCAGGUUGUUCGCAGUCUGGUCAAAGAGGUGGACUACAGGAAACUGGACAUUGUUCGAUCGUUAUAUGAAGAGCUAGAAGAUCGUCCUGAUAUUAGGAAGGAUCUCCAGAGGCUGUCUCUGGAGAGAAGUGAAACAUUGAGCAACGGAACUCUGGAAUAA